GUGGGUCUCGCGAACGCGCCGGGAGCGUCCCAGAGCCGGGAGCGCCCCAGAGCCGGGAGCGCGCCCCGCGGAUGACAACAAAUUCGACGCGCGGCGGCGGCGGCGGUGGAGGAGGGUGCCUAAGUACCUGCCUCGGGCCCUGCCGCCUCCCCGCGUGUUCUCUUGCAUCCCCUCUCUGUGCCGAGUAGGAUCCUCCCGGAGGUGUCCCGGGCCCGGGGCGACGGGGGCUCCCCCGCGCCUGGUCCCUGCCGGGCCUAGCGCGAGCGACGCGGCUCCGGCGAUGGGGUCGCCCUGAGGGACGCCCGGCGCCGAGCGGGCAUGGAGGGGCCGUCCCGGGCUUAGGCCCCGCCGCGGACCGGGGACGCCGGCCGGGACCCGAGGCGCCGCCGCCGCGGCCUGGAGCCGGAGCCUGGGCCCCAGGGCCGGAGCCGCCGCCUGCAGUCCCCGCGGGCCCCGCGGCCAGCCCUCGUCAUGCCUUGGCCGUUUUCGGAGUCCAUCAAGAAGAGGGCCUGUCGGUACCUCCUGCAGAGGUACCUGGGCCACUUCCUUCAGGAGAAGCUGAGCCUGGAGCAGCUCAGCCUGGACCUGUACCAGGGCACCGGGUCCCUCGCCCAAGUCCCUUUGGACAAAUGGUGUCUCAAUGAGAUCCUGGAGUCGGCAGAUGCGCCUUUAGAAGUCACUGAAGGAUUCAUACAGUCCAUUUCUCUGUCAGUUCCAUGGGGCUCCUUGCUACAGGAUAAUUGUGCACUGGAAGUGAAAGGGCUAGAAAUGGUCUUCCGGCCUAGACCUCGCCUAGCAACUGGUUCUGAGCCUAUGUAUUGGUCAAGUUUCAUGACCAGCAGUAUGCAGUUGGCAAAAGAAUGUCUUAGCCAGAAAUUAACGGAUGAACAAGGAGAAGGAUCCCAGCCUUUUGAAGGACUUGAAAAGUUUGCUGAAACCAUUGAAACAGUGCUAAGAAGAGUAAAAGUCACUUUUAUAGACACUGUCUUGAGAAUCGAACACGUGCCAGAAAAUUCCAAAACUGGAACUGCACUUGAAAUUCGAAUAGAAAGGACCGUGUACUGUGACGAAGCUGCUGACGAGUCCGCAGGAAUGAACGUGCAUCAGCCUACAGCGUUUGCGCACAAGCUGCUGCAGCUCUCCGGAGUGGCCCUCUUCUGGGAUGAGUUUUCUGCGUCAGCAAAAUCCUCCCCAGUGUGUUCAACUGCACCAGUGGAAACUGAGCCAAAGCUGUCACCUAGCUGGAAUCCCAAAAUUGUCUAUGAGCCACACCCACAACUAACUAGAAAUUUACCAGAGAUGGCACCCUCUGACCCAGUGCAGAUUGGAGGGCUGAUCGGUAGGUUGGAGUUGAGUCUCACGUUGAAACAGAAUGAAGUACUUCCUGGAGCUAAGUUGGAUAUUGAUGGACAGAUAGACUCUAUUCACCUAUUCCUGUCACCGAGGCAGGUGCACUUGCUUUUGGAUAUGUUAGCAGCUAUUGCCGGACCAGAAAAUUCUAGCAAAAUAGGAUUAGGUAAUAAAGAUAGAAAAAACCGACCUAUGCAGCAGGAAGACGAAUAUCGAAUUCAGAUGGAAUUAAACCGGUAUUAUUUGAGAAAAGAUUCCCUCUCCGUGGGUGUAUCUUCAGAGCAAAGCUUUUAUGAGACAGAAUCUGCUCGGACACCUUCUAGCCGUGAAGAAGAAGUUUUCUUCUCCAUGGCCGAUAUGGACAUGUCCCAUAGUCUCUCUUCUCUUCCACCCCUUGGAGACCCUCCCAAUGUGGACCUUGAGUUGUCGUUAACUAGUACAUAUACAAAUACUCCAGCAGGAUCUCCAUUAAGUGCUACCGUGCUUCAGCCAACGUGGGGAGAUUUCCUUGAUCAUCAUAAAGAACAGCCAGUAAGAGGGUCAGCAUUGCCAUCCAACCUGGCACCCCCACCAGCUUUACAGAAAACUUCUCUCCCGUCUAGAUCUGUUUCAGUGGAUGAAUCCAGGCCUGAACUUAUUUUUAGACUAGCUGUGGGAACCUUCUCCAUCUCUGUGCUUCACAUCGAUCCUUUGUCUCCACCUGAAACGUCACUGAACCUUAAUCCAUUGACACCUUUGGCGAUAGCUUUUUUUACUUGCAUAGAAAAGAUUGACCCAGCAAGAUUUUCAGCAGAUGAUUUGAAGUCUUUCCGAGCAGCAUUUGCCGAAGCUUGCAAACACGAUCACCUUAGAUUUAUAGGUGCUGGCAUCAAAGUGUCCUAUGAACAAAGACAAAGAUCAGCUUCCCGAUAUUUUAGUACGGAUAUGUCCAUUGGGCAAAUGGAACUUUUGGAGUGCCUGUUUCCAACUGAUUUUCAUUCUGUUCCUCCUCACUACACAGAGCUUUUAAUGUUUCAUUCCAAAGAGCGGACUGAUUCCCAUCUCCCUGUGUGUCUUCAGCUUCAUUAUAAGCAUUCUGAGAAUAAAGGACCCCAGGGUAAUCAAGCAAGACUUAGUUCUGUUCCUCAGAAGGCAGAAUUACAAAUUAAGUUAAGUCCAGUGUUCUGCGAGCUGGAUAUCAGUAUUGUGGACAGAUUAAAUUCCUUGCUUCAACCACAAAAACUUACUACAGUGGAAAUGAUGGCAUCUCACAUGUAUACGUCCUACAAUAAACCUAUUAGUCUGCACAAGGCUUUCACCGAAGUAUUUCUGGAUGAUUCACAUAGUCCUGCAAAUUGUCGGAUAUCAGUCCAGGUUGCCACACCGGCAUUAAACCUUUCUGUCCGCUUCCCAAUACCCGAUCUUCGGUCAGAUCAGGAAAGAGGACCGUGGUUCAAGAAGUCGCUUCAGAAGGAGAUCCUUCAUUUAGCAUUCACAGAUCUAGAAUUUAAGACUGAAUUUAUAGGAGGAUCAACCCCAGAACAGAUUAAAUUGGAACUUACCUUUAGAGAACUAGUUGGGUCAUUCCAGGAAGAUAAAGGAGAAUCAUCUGUUAAGUUUUUCCAUGUGUCUAGUGGGGUAGAUGGAGAUACAGCAUCAUCAGAUGACUUUGACUGGCCACGAAUUGUACUGAAAAUAAAUCCGCCAGCCAUGCAUUCCAUUUUGGAGAGGAUAGCAGCCGAGGAAGAAGAGAGUGAUGGCCGCUAUCAGGAAGAAGAGGAAGGAGGUGCUCAUUCCCUAAAGGAUGUUUGUGAUCUGCGAAGACCAGCCCCAUCUCCCUUUUCUUCUCGCAGAGUCAUGUUUGAAAAUGAGCAGAUGGUGAUGCCAGGAGACCCUGUGGAAAUGACAGAGUUUCAGGAUAAGGCAAUCAGCAAUUCUCACUAUGUGCUGGAACUUACGUUACCCAGCACUCAUAUAACACUACCUAAUAAAAGUUUUUAUGAGAAGCUGUAUAAUAGGAUCUUUAACGACUUGCUGCUCUGGGAACCAACUGCCCCUUCGCCAGUGGAGACAUUUGAGAAUAUUUCAUAUGGUAUUGGUCUUUCCGUAGCCAGUCAACUGAUUAAUACCUUCAACAAAGAUAGUUGUAGUCAAUUUAAAUCUACAGUUCACUAUGAUGAGGAAAGUGGAUCCGAGGAGGAGACGUUGCAGUAUUUCUCUACCCUUGAUCCCAACUAUCGUUCCCGUAGGAAAAAAAAACUAGACUCUCAGAACAAGAACUCACAAAGUUUUCUCUCAGUUCUUCUGAGUGUUAAUCAUGGAUUAAUGGCAGUGUUCACAGAAGUAAAGCAAGAUAAUGGAGAUCUGUUGGAGAACAAGCAUGGUGAAUUCUGGUUAGAGUUCAAUAGUGGUUCCUUGUUUUGUGUGACAAAAUACGAAGGUUUUGAUGACAAGCACUACAUCUGCCUUCAUUCUAGCAGUUUCAGUCUAUACCACAAAGGCAUAGUGGAUGGAGUGAGUCUUCCCACAGAAACACGACUGCCCAGUUCAACCCGCCCGCAUUGGUUGGAACCAACUAUUUAUUCCUCUGAAGAAGAUGGCCUCAGUAGAGCGGCUUCAGAUGGUGUCGGAGGUGACACUUCGAAUAUGCUCUCUGUCGCAGUUAAAAUACUGUCUGAUAAAUCGGAGUCCAAUACAAAGGAAUUUCUCAUUGCUGUAGGAUUGAAAGGAGCCACACUCCAGCACAGGAUGCUUCCUUCUGGGCUUAGCUGGCACGAACAGAUUUUAUACUUCUUGAAUAUUGCUGAUGAACCUGUCCUGGGAUAUAAUCCUCCAACUUCAUUUACAACUUUUCACGUUCAUCUCUGGAGCUGUGCACUUGAUUAUAGGCCUCUUUAUUUGCCGAUCCGAUCUCUUCUCACUGUGGAAACAUUCAGUGUAUCGAGUAGUGUGGCCUUGGAUAAAUCAUCAUCUACACUCAGAAUAAUCUUGGAUGAAGCUGCUUUGCAUCUGUCUGACAAGUGUAAUACUGUUACUAUAAAUCUGAAUAGAGAUUAUGUUCGUGUGAUGGAUAUGGGGCUUUUGGAAUUAACCAUAACUGCAGUGAAAUCUGAUUCUGAUGGAGAGCAAACUGAGCCGCGCUUUGAGCUACACUGUUCGAGUGACAUUGUCCAUAUCAGAACAUGCUCGGACUCCUGUGCUGCGUUAAUGAAUCUCAUUCAGUACAUCGCAAGCUAUGGGGACUUACAUGCGGCUAACAAGGCGGAGACGGAGCCUGGAGCCCCUGAAAGAAAGACAAAGGUAGAUUCUGGUGGCCGCUCAUCCUCACGAGGCCCAGUACUUCCAGAAGCAGAUCAACAGAUGCUACGGGAUUUGAUGAGUGAUGCUAUGGAGGAGCUUGACCUGCAGCAGGCCACUGCGUCUUCACAAGGCCAGUCUAACGGUGUUUUGAAUGAAAAAUCUCAGAUUCAGGAGCCAUGUUGUUCAGACCUCUUCCUGUUUCCAGAUGAGAGUGGGAACGUGUCUCAGGAGCCCGGCCCUGCUUACACCUCGUUCACACACCACCUGAUCAGUGAUGCAAUGGCAGGUGCUCCCACUGAGAAUGACGACUUUUGCAUUCUUUUUGCACCAAGAGCAACUAUUCAGGAGAAGGAAGAAGAACCAAUUGUAAAAAUAAUGGUUGAUGAUGCAAUUGUAAUAAGAGAGAAUUAUUUUAGUCAGCCCAUCAAGAAGACAGAUACAAGCAAAGCCCCAUUGCACUUUCCCAUCCCUGUCGUCCGGUAUGUUGUUAAAGAAGUCUCUCUUGUUUGGCAUCUUUAUGGAGGAAAGGAUUUUGGAACAGUCCCUCCUACUUCUCCGGCUAAAAGUUAUAUCAGUCCUCACAGCUCACCUUCUCACACACCCACGAGGCAUGGACGUAACAUGGUGUGUGGGGGAAAAGGAAGAAACCAUGACUUUUUAAUGGAGAUACAGUUAAGCAAGGUGAAGUUUCAACACGAGGUCUACCCCCCUUGCCAGCCGGAAUGCGAGUCCAGCCUCUUAGAGCACCCGGUCUCCCGGCAGGUGUUCAUCGUGCAGGAUCUUGAAAUUCGAGAUCGUCUGGCAACAUCACAAAUGAAUAAGUUUUUGUACCUGUAUUGCAGUAAAGAGAUGCCUCGAAAAGCUCAUUCCAACAUGUUGACAGUGAAAGCGUUACAUGUGCGCCCGGAGUCUGGCAGGUCACCGCAGGAAUGCUGCCUAAGAGUGUCACUGAUGCCACUUCGCCUCAAUAUUGACCAGGACGCUUUGUUCUUCCUGAAGGAUUUCUUCACGAGUCUUUCGACAGAAGUAGAGCUUCUCAUGGCUCCAGAUCCAGAAGUUAAGAAGUCUCCUGGAGCUGACGUCACCUGCAGUUUGCCGAGGCAUUUAAGCACCUCAAAGGAGCCAAAUCUCGUUCUUUCUUUCCCUGGGCCGAAGCAGCCUUCCCAGAACACCAGUGUCAGCUCCGUGGAAGUGGGUAACAGGGAGGAACAGAAGGACUUCUCAGCUGAAGAAGCAGCAGUUAGUGAUCAGCCUGUGUUUUUUAGAGAAUUUAGAUUCACAUCAGAAGUUCCUAUUCGACUUGAUUAUCACGGCAAACACGUGUCAAUGGAUCAGGGCACGCUAGCAGGGAUCCUGAUCGGUCUGGCCCAGUUAAACUGCUCGGAACUGAAGCUGAAGCGCCUUUUCUACCGUCACGGCUUGCUAGGUGUUGACAAAUUGUUUUCGUAUGCCAUCACCGAAUGGCUCACGGACAUUAAGAAGAACCAGCUACCGGGGAUCUUGGGAGGCGUUGGGCCUAUGCACUCUCUAGUACAAUUAGUGCAAGGCCUGAAGGACCUGGUGUGGUUACCCAUUGAGCAGUACCGGAAGGACGGGCGCAUCGUCAGAGGGUUUCAGAGAGGCGCCGCCUCCUUUGGCACUUCCACAGCGAUGGCUGCUCUAGAACUCACAAACAGAAUGGUUCAAACCAUACAGGCAGCAGCAGAGACUGCUUACGACAUGGUGUCUCCUGGGACCCUUUCUAUCGAGCCCAAGAAGAUCAAGAGGUUUCCUCAUCACCGCCUAGCCCACCAGCCAGUGGACCUGCGGGAAGGUGUGGCCAAGGCCUACAGUGUUGUGAAAGAGGGACUUACAGACACGGCUCAGACUAUUUACGAAACUGCAGCUCGGGAACACGAGAGCAGAGGGGUCACCGGCGCCGUGGGCGAGGUCCUGCGCCAGAUUCCUCCCGCGGUGGUGAAGCCUCUGAUCGUUGCCACAGAAGCAACAUCAAAUGUGUUAGGUGGCAUGAGAAACCAAAUUAGACCAGAUGUUCGGCAGGACGAGUCCCAGAAAUGGCGCCACGGGGAAGACUGACUUUUCAGACGUGACUCUUCGUGAAGACAGCGCGGGGGGGAACGAGGAGCAUAGUGUCCCGUCGGCAGCUUCAGAGGGAACUCAUUUAAUUUUGUUGUGCUCAUCUCAGGAACAAAAGCGUUUCUCAGUUAAAUAAUUUAAUAUCAAAAAAACACGCAACCAAAAACUUGUGACGUUUCAGGGCUCGUUUGGUACUUGCCUGUAGAAAUGUUUGGCGGCUGGUGUCAGAAGUCCUAAGCGUUGGCUGCUGAGUGAGUGAAACGCUUGCUUUUAUCGAAACGGCUACAGUUCUCCUUGCUGGAGACGAGAGAGCGUUGGAAGCCGCCUGUUACAGUGGAGCGUUCGGAAACGUGUCGCUUUGAAAGGACCAUUUAUGUUGCCCCGAGGAGCUGAUUUUUCUCAAGGUUGAAAAAGAACCACAGCUUCGAAACUUUCAUUGAGAACGAGAGACCGAGGCUCCAGGGAAAAAGCAAAGCAAAUAGGAUCUUAAUAUAAAUAUCACUGAGGAAUAACUAACCUAGUCGGUUGGAGUUAGUGUCCGUGCACUUGAGAACACGAUUUCCAUUUCCUCAGAAAACCUUUCUGUGGGAGUUUGAGAACGUGAAUGUCGCAGACGUGUUCUGUUUUGUUGCACUUUAUCCUCUGUGUGUGUGCGUGUGCGUGUGCGUGUGCGUUUAGGUUAAUACAAGUCGAGAUACAUUCGUUAUGUAAUUUACAGAUUUUCACAAAAUAUAAAGAGGAGUAAACUGAGUGUUUUUGGCGAAGGAAGCUAAUAACUCAAACAUAAUAACUUCCAUUUAUUUGAAGUGUAAAUGAAAAUGUGCACUCUAUAAUGAACUGGGGCCCAUAUGAUUGUUUGUAUGUUCAGUUUUCAGCAGGGAUAGUGCAGGCUUGUGAGGACUGUGUGGAGAGGGAGAUUGGAACUGAUUUUUACUCUUGUGAAAUUAACCAAAAAUCCUCCAAAUAUGCCCUAGUCAGCUAUUUCGAAGUACCGUUUUUACUUGGUUAACGAUGUACGUUUUGAUAACCUGUCAGGAAUGAAUAAAGUAUUUUUAUUUAAAGGUAAAA